UUGAGAAAAUAUGACCAAAAGGUGAAUCAGAAUCAGAAUCAGAAUCACUACAACUUCUGCUGCGGCCCCAAUUCUCCAAUGAAUGUCCUCCUCUAGUCCUGCAACUAUUGUCGACAAUCCAUUUGUCAAGUCCGAGAACAAAUCCUGGCACAUCAAUCCUCCGUCAUCCCUUCAACGGUCAGUCUCGCCGCCUAGCGUUCCCCGCCGCAGGUCAAAUCAUGCAACCAUCACCACGACCACCGGUCACUCAGAUCACACCUCGACUAAGCCAUCCACAGCCGCCGUAGAAGCCGGUCAAGUUUCUAUUGACGAUCAUGUCACAUUCUUCUCGACAAAGCUCUCUGCUGCACGCCUUCCCAAUGUGAUCAACCAGCCCCGGAUAUCACAUCAAGCAUGGCUAGACCUUUACCAAAGAAACCUCACUGAUCGUGGUCAUCAUUUUGUGGUGCAUCAACAUGACCACCCCGUUGCCGGAACGCAUUACGAUCUGCGUUUGCAAUGCAAUGCUACCAGUUCCAUCAGCUUCGCCAUCAUGUAUGGUCUCCCUGGCGAUCCUAAUAGUCGACGAUUGAACCGCAACGCCACCGAAACCCGCGUCCACAACCUUUGGAAUCACCUCAUUGAGACUGCUUCCUAUGACACUGGUACAAUGCUUUUAUGGGACACGGGAGAAUAUUCCGUCCUUCCAUAUUAUCCUUCGAAGACUUCCAGCAAUGAGACAGACGAUUCAGAGUCGGAUUUGGAUGCUGGAUCCUUGAUACCCUCCGAGAAUGUUGAAUCGGAACCACAGAAGCUAUAUCGUGCGUUCCAAGCACGCAAGAUAAAGCUACGUCUUCAUGGGACGAAACUCCCGCCCGGGUACACUAUCAGCCUACGACUGACACGUGAAAAUAACCGCGAGGAACAGCCCAAGGCACCGUCUUUUAGACGACGACGAAGACGACCAGCACAGGUCAAGACAUCAGACUCAAGCGCAACGUCUUCCGACCAAGAAGAGUCUUGGGAACAAAAAUCUUCCAAUGACGAUACCUCGGCGCUGCCUCGACUCAAGCGCAGCGUUUCGUCUCUUCAUCGCGCCGCUUCUCCACCUCUAUCCAAACGUGCAAAACCUAGCACCGCAAAAUUGACAAAAGAAGAAGAUGCUCCAGCACCAGCUCCAGCACCAGCACCAGCACCAGCACCAGCACCAGCACCAGCACCAGCACCAGCACCAGCACCAGCGUUGUCUUCUGAUGAACAAACCCGUCUCGAAAAUGCAUACCCCGGAGCAAACAACACAUUCCAGUCCAUUCAUCAACGUAAGUGGUAUUUAUCCAUGGAUCGACUAGCCAGCGGGUUUUGUCCAGUGAGGUCCAAGCAAACUGGAACGGUUAGCUGGGAGCGAGGACAGCAGGAAGAUGGAUCCAUGACUGGGUUUGAGCGAUUCCACGUGCUGGGCAGAGAUCAUGAAACAAGCGUCUUGACGGGCAGGAUGGCAGCAGAUGUGGCCAAGGACGAGGGCCUGAUUGGAUAUAAACCACGUGGAGGGUGGAGAGGAGUCACGGAAUAAAGUGGGCAUGGUCAGUAGUGUAUAGAAAAGUCACAAUUCUGAUUCAGGUUGUUACCAAAUCGCUUUCUAUGUAUGCAUUGUCGGUUUCUAUCCUGAGAUCAUUU